AUAUUAUGGCGGGUGGACAAGCUGAUCAAGGCCAGAGCGAUGCUCAGCUGAUUCAAGAAGUGGACUCGUUGAAAAGAAAGCUUGAAGAUGAACGCAAUAAGCUUGCGGAUGAAGACUGUUAGUUCUUAUGAAAUUUUAUUUUGCAGUGGUUACUGCCAGCCAACAUCUAGAUGCAGUUCCGUCCCUUAACAUCCGAAUCCGUCGGGUUUUGAAGGGACAUCAGGGAAAAGUAUUAAGUCUUGCUUGGUCUCUGGACAAAAGGCAUAUUGUGAGCUCCUCCCAGGUAAUAGAAUGAUUUUAUUUGUAAACUGCUAGGAUGGGAAAAUUCUGGUUUGGGAUGGAUUUACUACAUCUAAAGAAUAUUCAAUAUCAAUGCCAACAACCUGGGUAAUGUCUUGUGCGUACAGUCCUUCUGGUAAUUUCGUCGCUUGUGGAGGUCUGGACAACAAAUGUACUGUAUACCCGCUGACUUCGGAUGAAGAUCCCAUUCUUAAGAAGAAACUUGUUGCAACUCACACCUCGUAUCUCUCGUCUUGUUUAUUCAACAUAUCGGAUCACCAGCUAUUAACAGGAAGCGGAGACAGUACUUGUGUUUUAUGGGAUGUGGAGUAUGCACAAAUAAUCCAGAGUUUCUAUGGCCAUUCUGCCGAUGUGUUGAGUAUUGCGCUAUCACCGUCAGAAUUCGGAAGAACGUUCGUUUCAGGGAGUUGUGACAGGUGCGCUAAUGUGUGGGAUAUGCGUACAGGACAAUGUGUUCAGGUGUUCCAGGGGCAUGAAUCAGAUGUCAAUAGUGUCCGGUUCUUCCCUAGUGGAGACGCAUUCGCAACAGGUUCAGAUGACGCUACUAUCCGCUUAUUUGACCUGCGUGCUGAUCGUGAAGUUUGCGUAUAUAAGAAAGACAGUGUCAUUUUUGCGUGCAAUGCAGUGGAUUUCUCCCUAAGUGGUCGUUUGCUCUUUGGUGGAUACAGCGACCAUGCUAUGAACAUAUGGGAUGUACUUAAAGGUCAACGUAUUAGCAUUCUUUAUUGUCAUGAAAAUCGUAUAUCUUCUUUACGCGUCAGCCCAGAUGGAACAGCCAUAUGCACUGGAAGUUGGGAUACAACCUUAAGAAUUUGGGCUUGAACAGUGUCAUUACAAAGAAAUUUGUUAAUAUUUGCUAUCUUUACAGCACACAUUUAAUUCAGAUAUUUAGUUGUGAUACACAAGAUCAUGGUAACCUUUCAAAAUGAACACUAUUACGUUUAUACUUUCUUACUGAACUGAAGUAAACCAUAUUUUUCCCUCUGUUAAUUAAUAUUAUUUUUAACUUACAUUUUUCCAUUAUUUUGUUUCCCUUUUUUGUGUUUUCUCAUAAUUUGUGCAAUCAUUUUUGGAUUUUUAUGAUUUGCUCUCUUUCUUCUCUCGUGUAUUUGAUUUCUGAUCAAUGUAUACGUAUUGUUCAACGUACAGCACACACUGAUGAUAAAGUUUUGUCAUUUGAAAUUUAAACAAACAUUUCUGCAUACACCUACUUGAUAUUAUCUAAAAUAAUAGUGCAAUAAUAAUCAUUAACUUUGGUAGUAUUUUACUUUCUUGGUGUAUGUGUUAUAUAUUUUUGUGUUUGUCAUUUCAAGGUAUAAAAACAACAGUUAAAAUAUUCGUUUGACCUGUGUGUUAAUUCAUUUACUUCGUUGUUGUUAUUGAAGUGGUUUUUAUCUGUGAUCCCAAGUUUUAACGUUUUCCAAGAAGAUACUAUGUGUAAUAAGCUUGUUUAUGUUUAAAGUCUUUGCAUUUACUGGAUUUUCUCUUCUUCUUUUAAAAAACCUGGUUUGAUAACUUGAUAAAAUAUUUCUCAUCCUUUGAAUUGCUUAAUAAAGAAAGCCAUUUAUGAAAGUUAUGUCAACUUUCUCGUUAAUUCUGCGCGUAGUGGUUAUAGGUGUAUGUGUGUGUUUUUUCCCAGCGUAGUCCUUUACACUUAGGUGAAGAAAUUUAAGCGAUUGUUUAGUGACAAAUAACUGAAUAAUUGAAAAUGCAUGUUUAAUACUUGGAAAUCAGUUCCUUCAUAUUUGCGACUUAUUUCAUCAUUUGAUUCUUCAUCUGUUGGCAUGAAUUUAUCGUAUAAUUGAUUCAAAAGCUGUUGUGCUGAUUAUAUUCAUUUUUAUGUCUGACUGUGUUAUCCUGUAAAAAAAACAUCAGAAUUUUAUCUCUCACUUUCUCUUCGCUUAGGUGGCAUUUUUCUUUUUGAAAUAAUUUAAUUUCCAUAAAUUAACUCAAUCAUUGACUCAGUGUGUUCGUCUUCAUUUAUAUUUACUGUUGUUUUUAUUAAUUUAACACAAUUGGUUAUACCGUUAUGUAUGGAAUACCACAUUCUUUAUUUUUACUCUAUGUCAAGUCAAACAGUCUUGGAUGGAUUAGUUGGGCUAGAGGAUUUCGAUUAAGUAAAAAAUGCCACUUCAUUUUGUUGUGUGCGUAGGUGCUUGAUCUGUCCAGUGGUAAGAAGGUCUUCUUCCUUCCUUUUCGU